AUGCAGGACGGCAAAAUCACAUUCGAUCUGCGCGACGUGGACAGCUGGAUCGACGGCCAGGACGGGUACCUCAUCCCGGGCCUCAUCGACAGCCACUGCCACCCGGCGUUGAUCUCGGACUUGGCCACGCUCAGUAGCUACGGGGUGACCACGGCCAUGAGCAUGAUCUGUCCGUCGUACCCGCUUUGUGCGUCGCUGAGGGAUCAGCCCGGCUUGACCUCCUUCUUCACAGCCAGUGCGGGUAUCAUGGGCCCCAACUCGACACACGCCCUGCUUAUGCACGCGGACCCGAACACCCUGAUCCGUUCGGCGGCCCAGGCACCUCAAUUCGUGGCCUGGGCUUUCGGGAACAAUUCAGACUUCAUCAAGAUCAUUGCCGAGACAAACGGGCCUGAUCAAGCCACGCAAGAUGCGAUCGUGGCGGAGACGCACCGGCUUGGACGCCAGGCCAUGACCCACGCUGCCGACGUACGCUCAUACCUCCAGGCGAUUGCAUCGAGGACAGAUGGGAUCCAGCACACUCCUGGGGACGGAAAUAUCACAUCGGCCAUGAUCGCAGAUAUGGGACGAAAUGGUCAAUUCAUCGUCCCUACCACUACGGUGGUCAAAGCGUUCCUGAAUAGUACUGUUGCUUCACAAUCGUCGUACAACAAUCAGUCUUGGCGAACUGUAAUUGGGAACUUGAAAAGCAUGCGCCGAGCAAGGCUGCCGCUAUUGGUAGGAACAGAUGCUAUCUCUGAGAUGGACCCUUUUGCAGCCUUGGUCAAGAACCCUCUGGGGAGCACCGUGCAUGAUGAGUUGGAAGUGUUUGUGAAUGAGGUCGGGUUUGAGCCUGCUGAGGCACUAAGGGCUGCAACGUCUCUACCCGCGCGACUCUUUAGAUUGGCUGACCGGGGACUGAUCAUGGACGGGAAGCGGGCGGACCUGUUGCUGCUGGGGUCGAAUCCAUUGAAGAACAUUUCAGCAACCAGGGAUAUUAUGAAGGUGUGGAAUGGAGGGAUCGAAUUCAGCUCUGCCACAUGA